AUGUUGAUGGCAGGACAAAGGGGCGCCUGGACCAUGGGCGACGUGGUAGAGAAGAGUUUGGAAGGGCCUCUGGCACCUUCUACAGAUGAGCCCUCUCAGAAGAAGGGAGACCUGGUAGAAAUCUUAAAUGGGGAUAAGGUAAAAUUCGAUGACACGGGGCUCUCCUUAAUCCUGCAGAAUGGCCUGGACACCCUCCGUGUGGAAAAUGCUCUGACUGAUGUCAUCUUGUGUGUGGACAUUCAGGAAUUCUCCUGCCACCGCGUGGUGCUUGCUGCGGCCAGCAACUAUUUCAGGGCCAUGUUCUGCAACGAUUUAAAGGAAAAGUAUGAGAAGAGGAUCAUUAUCAAAGGGGUCGAUGCUGAGACCAUGCACACUCUUCUGGACUACACCUACACCAGCAAGGCGCUGAUCACCAAGCAGAAUGUGCAGCGGGUCCUAGAAGCUGCUAACCUCUUUCAGUUCCUGCGGAUGGUGGAUGCCUGUGCCAGUUUCCUAACAGAAGCCUUGAACCCCGAAAACUGUGUUGGAAUACUGAGGCUGGCGGACACACACUCCUUGGACAGUCUGAAGAAGCAGGUUCAAAACUACAUCAUUCAAAACUUUGUGCAGAUUCUGAACUCUGAGGAGUUCCUCGAACUUCCUGUGGAUACUCUGUACCACAUCUUGAAGAGUGAUGACCUCUAUGUAACUGAGGAGGCUCAGGUGUUUGAGACUGUGAUGAGCUGGGUCCGGCACAAACAGUCAGAACGACUCUGCUUGCUCCCCUAUGUCCUUGAGAAUGUGCGCUUGCCACUUCUGGACCCGUGGUACUUUGUGGAGACGGUGGAGGCAGAUCCUCUUAUCAGACAGUGCCCAGAGGUCUUCCCGCUGCUUCAGGAAGCCAGGAUGUACCACCUUUCAGGCAAUGAGAUCAUUUCGGAGCGCACCAAGCCCAGGAUGCAUGAGUUUCAGUCUGAGGUAUUCAUGAUCAUUGGUGGCUGCACGAAGGAUGAACGGUUUGUGGCGGAGGUUACCUGCCUGGACCCCCUGCGGCGCAGCCGCCUGGAGGUGGCCAAGCUCCCCAUGACGGAGCAUGAGCUGGAGAGUGAUAAUAAGAAGUGGGUGGAAUUUGCAUGCGUGACAUUAAAAAAUGAGGUCUACAUCUCAGGUGGCAAAGAAACACAGCACGAUGUUUGGAAAUAUAAUUCUUCAAUCAACAAAUGGAUUCAAAUUGAGUAUUUGAACAUAGGCCGCUGGAGGCAUAAGAUGGUGGUGUUAGGUGGCAAGGUCUAUGUGAUUGGAGGUUUUGAUGGCUUGCAGAGGAUCAACAACGUGGAGACCUACGACCCCUUCCAUAACUGCUGGUCAGAGGCAGCGCCCCUUCUCGUCCACGUCAGUUCCUUCGCAGCCACCAGCCACAAGAAGAAGCUCUAUGUGAUUGGGGGCGGACCCAAUGGGAAACUGGCCACAGACAAGACUCAGUGUUAUGACCCUUCAACUAAUAAAUGGAGUUUAAAGUCGUCCAUGCCAGUGGAGGCUAAAUGCAUCAAUGCAGUCAGUUUCCGGGAUCGCAUCUAUGUUGUUGGAGGGGCCAUGAGAGCGCUGUACGCCUACAGCCCCCUGGAGGACAGCUGGUGCCUGGUGACCCAGCUCAGCCACGAGAGGGCCAGCUGCGGCAUCUCGCCCUGCAACAACCGCCUCUACAUCACCGGGGGGCGGGACGAGAAGAACGAGGUCAUCGCCACUGUGCUGUGCUGGGACCCUGAGGCCCAGAAACUAACAGAGGAGUGCGUCCUGCCCCGGGGGGUGUCGCACCACGGCAGCGUCACCAUCAGGAAGUCUUACACCCACAUCCGGAGGAUAGUGCCCGGGGCUGUGUCGGUGUGACUGCACGAGGGCGCAGGGCAGGGCUGCGGGGGCUCGGGACCGGGUGCCGGGAGACCUUCCUCCUCAUCUGUCGCCGGGUUCGUGCCACUAAAGACAGCGGG